AUGGCUGCCGUUAACAGCAGCAAGCACAGCCGCUCCAAAUCACAGCUGAACGCUAUUUCCAAAUGGAACAUAAUGCAGUACAAACUGUAUUUAAUUUGUACUUUCCUUCUUUUAUUUGUAAGUCUGUGCUUUUCCGACGAUGACCACGAAAUGGAAGAGUUCCUGAAGCGGGAGUUUUCCCUCUCCAAGCCUUACCAAGGUGUGGGAUCUUUAGGCUCCUCCCACUGGGAGCUGAUGGGGGAUGCCAUGGUAACCACUGACCAGGUGCGACUCACACCUGACAUGCAGAGCAGACAGGGGGCAGUAUGGAGCCGCAUUCCAUGCCACUUAAAGGACUGGGAGAUGCAGGUGCACUUUAAGGUUCAUGGGCAAGGAAAGAAGAACCUUAACGGUGAUGGUCUAGCCAUUUGGUAUACCAAGGAGCGCAUGCAGAAAGGUCCUGUAUUUGGAAAUAUGGACAACUUCACUGGCCUGGGUGUGUUUGUGGACACCUAUCCCAACGAGGAGAAGCACAUAGAGGCGCAGAAGAAGAGAUACACCCCCCGCACACAGAGGAUCUUCCCGUUCGUUAUUGCCAUGGUGGGCAAUGGCACCAUUAGUUAUGACCACGAGCGGGAUGGUCGCCCCACCGAACUCGGUGGCUGCAACGCCAUGGUGCGCAACCAAAAGCAUGACACGUUCCUCUUCAUUCGAUAUAUCCGCCGCAGGCUCACGGUGAUGAUAGACAUUGAUGGCCAGCAUGAGUGGAGGGACUGUCUGGACAUACCUGGAGUGAGGCUGCCUCUGGGAUAUUAUUUUGGAGCUUCAGCAAUCACCGGAGAUCUCUCGGAUAAUCAUGACAUCAUUUCCCUCAAACUUUACCAACUGACGGUGUUGCGGAGUAAAAAGGAAGAAAAGGAGGAGGAGCAGGAUAUAAUAACUAUCCCCAGCGUGGACAAUAUGGAGCUCCUCAGACUGGGUCAGAAUGAAGAAGGGAUGAGCGGAUUAGCCAUUUUCUUCACUGUGCUCUUCUCCAUGCUGGGAUGCAUCUUCCUCAUCGUCAUCGGCAUGGUGGUCUACAGCCACUGGAACGAGAGCCGACGUAAGCGCUUCUACUGAGGAACGCCACGAAGGGCUCAGGGAUUAUUAUAACUACUGUGGGCCACUGAUCCACAGCUGAGAUCAGAUGAGAAGUAAGACGCUGCCACUGAGCGGCGGAGCAGCAGAGGCUUUUACCCAGUUUGACAGGAGAAGGAGGACAGGCUUUCCCUGCAACUGAAGCCAUUUUUUCAGGAAUGGUUCUGAACCAGCUGGAGGGAUUUGCAUUUUUCACCUCUGAUAAUUCUUCUAAGUAGUUAUGUUCACUGCACUUACUCAUAAGUUCCUUAAAUGUAAUAAUUUUGUCCAGAUGACUUCCUAAAUUAACUUCUCAAUAUUUAAACCAUGUUAAAAGGGUUUGCUCAUUAUCUGUGGUAUAAGUUUGCUGCUAUGAGCUUAGUUUUGUCUAUCUUACUCGUGUCGUUAUUGCGUCGUUCACCACUAUCAUCGAAUUUCACGUUUUCCUUACAUCAUGCAGCCUUAUUCUUUCCUUAAGUAAAUAAAUUAGUCAUUUUAAAAUUUGGUCACUAAGCGACAUUCAGAUGGCAUUUUUAGUACUACAUUUGAUUAUGAGCUUGAGAAAAAUGUUCUACUUGAAUUAUUUAUUCAGUUGAUUUAUUAUUUAAUUUGCUCCAAAGCUUCUUACUGCUCUUUAUGAAAAAAGCAAAAACGUUUAAGACAAAUACUAUGUAAGAUAUUUGAUCAGGUCCAUCCAUUUAUACUUUACAUUAGUGUAGUUGUUUUGAACUUCUUUAAUUAAUAUAAUUUAAAUUGAAUCUAGUUCAGGUUCUUCCAGCUGUUAUGGGGCACAAGAGGUUGAAUUAAUGUUGAAAGUUUGGUUUGGUAAAGAAUAACAUUAUGUGAGAACUUUUAGGUCAUUAUAUUUUCAGUUUAAGAAAAAUGAGGUGAACUUGUAUGUUAUUGGUUCAUUUUGUGUGGGAUGAAGAACACAUGAUACCUAUAUAGGCUCUUUUUAUGUGAAGCAACAAAUGGUUGGAACAUAAUAUCAACCCUGCUGCCCAAUAUUUCUGAGAGGUUUAUAAUUCUUCAUUGAAAAAAAAUACAAACAAACAAAAACACAAAACCUGUUUCUAAAAGAUAAACGAAAGCAGACUGAGAUGGUUCGCAAACUAGUGUAACAGUUUUUUUUUUAUCAUCUGGAUAAAUUUAGUAGUGCCUUCCCUGAAUUUUGUCUGGAAGGUAACUUUGUACAUAAAUCUCAGAUUUGAAAUAACAAAUUUUUCAUGUUGCAUUAAUGGAUACUCUGUUUCUUGAUCUUAGCUUAGGAAGGGAUUCUGGACCCAAUUUCAGCAUUUUCCACUUGUUUAUUGAUGUAACUUAGGGUUCAGGUCAGGAUUUUUAACAAAGCUGCCUCCCUUCUUACCUUGUACUAUCACCAUGGUAACUUGUGCUAAAAGCCUAAGCUGCUCCAUGGGCACCUUUGGUUUCCUUUCGCGAUCCAGUACUUAUAAAGCGCCUCCUCUUAACUCAUCAAUGCCCUGAGAAAACAGAGUAGCGAAAAAAAAACAUUGUGUUGAAGGAGCGGCAGCGUUUUCUAUCUCCUUUCACAUGAUUAUUUUAUGUUCCACAUAUAUUUUUGACACCAGAUUGUCUCACCAGAAUGGAUCCUUAUGUACCUGAAACAGACUGAUUAUGCUAAAAUUUUCAGUCUCAGAAAAUUAAACUUAGAUUUAAUAAUGUGACAUUUUUGUUCCUGUUUCUUCAUUGUUAUUGGCUCUUUCUCUCUAACACCAUCUGUCCUACAAGAACAUGCACCUGCCCAAAGUCACUGACACGGCUUUAAAUUAACUAGUAUCAUAAUACAACUACAGCAUUUGUUGGACAGAUUAAUAAUAAUAAUAUAAAAACAAAUAUGUUGAAGCUCCUUUCUAUUAGAACUCUUGACUGUUUUUAAUCCAAUGCUGAUUUAGCAAAUGUCUUGAUGCAGAAUUUUAACCUGUUUACAAUAUUUUCAUGGAAUCCAUUAAUGCUUAAAGUCAUCAUCCUCCAAAUUCACAAACUUUUCAUAAAAUGGUGAAUGAGGCCAACCCACAUGCAUUCACAUUUAAAGAGAAUCGUAACUUAAAAACAUGCUGCAGUAUCAAAUCUGAUGUUUGCAUGCCUUUUUCUUAAAAUGCAAAAACUUUGUCCAUUUAAAAUAAAAUUGAAGUUUUUGUUUUAUUUUGAAAUGUAUCAAGAUUUUGUUAAAUGAUUAUAAUGUGCUUGUUUAUGCAUUCUCAAAGCAACAUGAUCACCUCUCAGUGCUUUUUAGAGCUGGAAAAUCUCAGUUUUUCAGCUUGUAUGUUGUCUAGACUGCUGUGCCAGUGUACGUGCAAAACUGUACAAAACUGAUUUUAAAAUGUUCAUAUGUGUUGAAGGCAAAUCAUUUAUUGUUGGAUGUGAAAAAAAGAUAUGAAAAUAUUUUAUCUUUGCCGUCUUCCACCGUUAGAGAGUAUGAACACGACUAGUCUGGGUUUUUAGGCAUUUACGAGAUAAUGUGGGAGAAUUUAACUUUGAAUAUAUUUAUUAAAGAUAUUUUUCCUGUGAGAGACUUGAGAUUUGCUAAGAAUGUAAGCAACAUAGCUGCUACAAACAGUCUUUCUCUUUCCUAACACUAAAAUGACCUUUUGUUUGUUGUUUCUUUUGUUACGAGUACAAACAUGUACAAACAUGUCUCCUGUCUCUGUUGCAUAUCUUUGCUGUAAGCCCUGCGCACAUACAGGUCUGACGCAACAGGCUGGUGUUGUUGCACAUCAUCUUUACGCUUCAAAUUGAUUUGAUUCUUUUUCGUAAGAUGACUACUUAUUUCUACUAUCUUAUUUCCCAUCACACUCAUUUGCUUUCCCUGGUUGUUUUGUU